AACCAUACUUCGUAUACCAGCACCAUCUAAUCGUUUGUUCUAAGUGAGCUGGGGGAGUCGGAAGAAAUCCCAAAUUACCAGAAGUAGCUAGAAAGAAAAUAGAAUCUAAGCAUACAAAAUUGUUGCAAACCCUAAACCCAAAUCUUCAUCGACACUCAAUUUCCCUGCAAUCUCUUUUACAGUCAACAGUGUUAGUUGGAGGUCUGAAAAACGAAGAUGGAUGCUUUUAUCUUACCCCAAAAUUCGGAACUCUUUUGUUAACUUUAAUUCAUUUUUACUUUAAAAGUAACUGAAGUUUAGGAACAAUGGGGAUCAUAGAAAGGAUCAAGGAAAUUGAAGCCGAGAUGGCUCGGACACAGAAGAAUAAGGCCACAGAAUACCAUCUGGGUCAACUCAAAGCUAAGAUCGCAAAGCUCAGGACACAACUGUUGGAGCCUCCUAAAGGUUCUAGUGGAGGAGGAGAUGGUUUUGAAGUCACGAAGUUUGGGCAUGGGCGUGUUGCACUUAUUGGAUUCCCAAGUGUGGGUAAGUCAACGCUCCUAACCACACUUACUGGAACUCAUUCAGAAGCUGCAUCAUACGAGUUUACAACACUUACCUGCAUUCCUGGAAUAAUACACUAUAACGAUACUAAGAUUCAACUUCUUGAUCUUCCUGGAAUUAUUGAGGGUGCUUCUGAAGGGAAGGGGCGUGGAAGGCAGGUCAUUGCUGUGGCCAAAUCAUCAGAUCUGGUACUAAUGGUCCUCGAUGCCUCAAAAAGUGAGGGACAUCGACAAAUAUUGACCAGAGAACUGGAAGCUGUGGGAUUACGUCUCAAUAAGAAACCACCUCAGAUCUACUUUAAAAAGAAGAAGACUGGGGGCAUUUCUUUCAACAGCACAAUGCAGUUAACACAUGUGGAUGAGAAGCUUUGCUAUCAGAUUCUUCACGAGUAUAAAAUUCACAAUGCAGAGGUGUUGUUUCGUGAGGAUGCAACAGUUGAUGAUCUGAUUGAUGUGAUUGAAGGGAACCGUAAAUACAUAAAAUGUGUAUAUGUAUACAACAAGAUAGAUGUCGUUGGUAUUGAUGAUGUUGAUAGGCUUGCAAGACUGCCGAAUUCUAUCGUCAUUAGUGCCAACUUGAAGCUCAAUCUAGACAGAUUACUGGCAAGAAUGUGGGAGGAGAUGGGACUAGUUAGAGUGUAUACGAAGCCUCAAGGCCAGCAACCAGAUUUUUCUGAGCCUGUGGUUCUCUCUGCUGAUCGGGGUGGUUGCACAGUGGAGGACUUCUGCAACCAUAUACACAGAACAUUGUUGAAGGAGUUGAAGUAUGCACUUGUUUGGGGAACAAGUGCAAGGCACUAUCCUCAGCAUUGUGGACAGUCACAUGCUCUUCAGGAUGAGGAUGUGGUCCAGGUUGUCAAAAAGAAGGAGAAAGAGGAAGGAGGGAAAGGGCGGUUCAAAUCUCACUCAAACGCCCCAGCCAGAAUAGCAGACAGAGAGAAGAAGGCGCCGCUGAAACAAUAGAUUGUCUGUGGGAUACUGGUGUGAUUGUAUUCCAUCAAGGUUUCAAGAUACAAGCUUGAGCUUGUGGUGCAAAUGAAGGAUAUAUUUUGAAGACCCUCAGCUAAGUUUUCGGUCACUGUAACUGGAUUACGCAUUUUUGUUCUCAUCAGUUUAGUGUUUCAUUUGUUGUAACUUUGACUCAUGCUAUAGCUAUGGAUUAAAACGGAAUUUCCUGGAUAUUAUCUUGCGCGGUUUUAGUCAAGGUUGUUUGUUUCCCCAAGAUUGGAUAAUUAGUCCUCAUAACUUGAAGCGGGUUGAAAAGAACAAUUCUAUGGCUGAGUGAUUGAUAGCUCCGGUCUUGAAAACCGGCAUAGUUCUUUGUUCAGAACUAUCGAGGAUUAUGUCCUUCAUUAUUCCUAAUACUUGUGUUUAGCCUCUUUUUUGUUAGCUUGUAUUUUAAACAGACAACAAAAUUGUAUACUUUUGGCCCUCAAGAGUUGAAAGGGUCUCAAGUCUUUGAAGCUGCUGUUGAUUUCAGGAAGAAUGGGAUCACUCACUAUUGUACAAAUUCAUCCAUCUCUAAUAUUUGUGUUCCAUUUGCCAA